GUACACCAGAUUGCAGGCAGUGAAAGAGCUCAAUCUUUUGAUACUAGUUUUGUGAUUCUUCAUUCAACAUCAUGGAUCAAGACCUUCUUGAACCUAUUGCCAUUGUUGGCAUAUCUUUAAAAUACCCUCAAGAUGCUACUGGUCCGGAAGCCUUCUGGAAAUUGAUACAAGAGAAGAGGUGCACAAUGACUGAAUGGCCAAGCGACCGUCUGAACAUUGAUGCUUUUUAUCAUCCAGAUAAGAAGAAGAACAGUACUAUCUACACACGAGGUGGAAACUUUUUGAAAGGCGAUCUAGCAGCUUUUGAUCCCUCGUUUUUUUCAAUAACAGCCGAAGAAGCAAAAGCAAUGGAUCCCCAGCAUCGGCUACUCCUAGAAACCACGUAUCAAGCUCUUGAAAAUGCCGGCAUCCCACUCAGCAAAGCCUCUGGUACGAAGACAGGAGUUUAUACUGGCUCCAUGGCUGAUGACUACCGAUUCACGUCUUUGAAAGAUCCAGAGGAUCUUCCAAAGUAUGCUGUAACGGGGACUGCUAUGUCACUUCUCGCAAACCGUCUAAGCUGGUUUUUCAAUCUUGGUGGCCCAAGCAUAAAUCUGGAUUCAGCUUGUUCGAGCAGUCUCAUGGCCUUAGAUAUUGCAUGUCAGGGACUGCGUAAUGGAGAUUCUUCUAUGGCUAUUGUUGCUGGUAGCUGUCUCAUUAGCUGUCUGGAGACAUGGAUCAGCCUCUGCAAUAUGGGGUUUCUUUCACCGGAUUCCAGAUGCUAUAGUUUUGACAAUAGAGCGAACGGAUAUGCACGGAGCGAGGGUGUGGGCGUAGUCAUAAUCAAGAAGCUAUCGGAUGCAUUGAAAGAUAAUGAUACCAUCAGGGCUGUCAUUCGUGCAACUGGUUCAAACUCCGAUGGUCAUACACCUGGCAUCACCCAGCCCAGUCGGGAGGCACAGACUCGUUUGAUUGAAGAGACAUAUAUCAAGGGCGGACUCGACCCAGCUAAAACAAGAUACUUUGAGGCUCAUGGUACAGGAACGCCACUUGGCGAUCCAAUAGAAGCAGGGGCUAUCGGUAGUGUCUUUCGUGAAUACCGAAGUGCUACCGAGCCUUUAUACGUUGGUGCUCUGAAAUCUAACAUAGGUCAUCUUGAAGGAGGCAGUGGUAUUGCCGGCUUGAUCAAAACAGUUCUCGUUCUUGAAAAGGGUAUAAUUCCACCAAAUGCCAAUUUCGAGCAAGCAAACUCAAACAUAGAUGCGGAGUUCUUUCACUUGAGGUUUCCUACAGAGCAAGCUCCGUGGCCUUCUCAAGGUCUCCGUCGAGCUUCCGUAAAUUCAUUUGGCUUCGGUGGAUCAAACUCCCAUUGCAUCGUGGAUGAUGCAUAUCAUUUUUUGAAAUUACAUUCUCUCGUCGGCAAUCACAAUACUAUCUUUGACUCACAGAUUUGCCAAGAUAUUUUAGAAUCGGAAGAUAAAGCAUACGUCAAUAGAGCUACCGCAAAAUCGUUUAAAUUUGUGUCUGAUCCGCAACUACUAGUCUUUAGUGCUGUCGAUAAAGAUGGAAUACGACGCGUUGCAGAAGCUUAUAGAUCCUAUUUUGCAGGUCAUGCUUUGAAAACUCAAAGAAGCCAACUCUCUUUCUUGAGAGAUCUAGCUUACACCCUUUCCGUUCGAAGGACCGCAUUUGUAUGGAGAUCUUUCGUUGUCACUGACACUUUGACCGAUCUAUUGGAUCUUCCUACCAAAAUCUCGUUGCCAAUCAGGGCUGCCUCUUCUUUGGGCGUUGCAUUUAUUUUCACAGGUCAGGGUGCACAGUAUUCUAGAAUGGGAACGGCCUUACUCUCCCUCUCUGUUUUUCGCGAUGCGCUCAAAAAGGCCAAUGAAAUCUUUCGCCAGCUUGGAUGUACCUGGUGUCUUUUUAAUGAACUUGCUCAUGACAAAAGUGCUUCUAACAUCAAUGACCCCGCUUAUGCCCAGCCACUUUGUACCGCUCUGCAACUUGCACUAAUCAAAUUGCUUCGAAAAUAUGGUGUAUCACCUACCAUUGUGCUAGGACAUUCCUCUGGCGAAAUCGCAGCAGCUUAUGCGUGUGGUGGCCUAUCUUUCAAAUCUGCAUGCAAAGUGGCUUUCUUUAGAGGGCAGGUGGCCCAGAAAAUUCGACAAGAUUUUAAACGACCUCCUCGUGCAAUGAUAUCAAUCAAUCUUGCCGAAUUCGAAAUUCAGCCAUAUUUGACGAAACUAGUGGGGUCUUCCAAUUCCGGGAGCUUCACUACAGCAUGUGUUAAUAGUCCCUGCAAUGUGACCCUUUCAGGCUUGGAAAGUGAUAUCGAUUUGCUUCAACAGCAACUGAAUACUGAUGGGAUAUUUGGGCGCAAAUUAAAAACAGGCGUUGCUUAUCAUUCUCCUCAAAUGAAUGAAGUGGCACAUGAAUACUCUCACUUGAUACAAAGCUUGACAAUAGGUCGAACUCCCCUAUCGCCUGUCGUUAUGAUAUCUUCGGUCACAGGUGAACGUAUUGCCAACGUGGAUUGCCUCAGCCAAGCCCAAUACUGGGUCAGAAAUCUGGUAGGCCAGGUCAAUUUUUUGAAAGCUUAUGGUGAGCUUGUUUCUACAGCAACAUCAUCUCCCAAAAGGAAGCUGGGUGCAAAAAACAGCAGUUUUAAAGUUUGUGAUGUUUUGGAAAUCGGGCCACAUCCUGCACUACAACGCUAUGUCAAAGAUAUUUCCGACAAAUUAAGUCCAAAACCAGAACUCAGGUACCACUCUACGUUAUCGCGUAAUGCAUCCAACACUAUAUUCAUAAAAGACUUGGCUGGUCGCUUAAGUUCCUUAGGCUACAAGAUCAAUUUUGAUUGUGUGAACGAGCCUCAGGAUCCUUGUACUUCCCAGCAGAAACUAUUGGUAGACUUACCAGAAUAUCCUUUCAAUCAUUCUCGUUCAUAUUGGCAUGAGCCAAGGAGACAACGAGAGCUGAAUCUUAGAGAGAGUCCUGAGCUUGAAUUGCUCGGCACACCAAUGAGUGAUGGAAACCCCUUAGAAUCCAGGUGGCGCAAGAUUUUCGAUCCAGCAAGAGUCUCAUGGAUACAAGAUCACAAGGUAAAUGGAAAAGUCAUAUAUCCAGCAACCGGUAUGAUAGUGAUGGCUAUAGAAGCUUCGAAGCAGAUGGCACCAAAAGAUCAAAAGAUAAAUGGAUUCAGGUUAAGAGAUAUCAUCAUCUCGAAUCCAAUUCAAAUAUCAAGUCAGGAUCCUAAAACAGAAGCACAGCUGUGUAUGCGACCGUUGCAAAAUUCAUCUGACAAAAACUGCACAUCUUACGAUUUCCGUAUACAUGCCAUUAACAAUGGUUACUGGAAGGAGGUUUGCCGAGGAAUCAUUCAGGUUGAAUAUGAGACUGAUAUUACCGAAGUCGACCACGGUAAAGUAGAACGAGACGAACAAGAGGACUAUACAUUGAAACACGAAGCUGCUGCUCGCGAGUGUAUUGAAUCUAUUUCCAAGGAGGCCCUUUAUCAAUGCACAAGUGACAUGGGUGUAGAAUUAGGGUUAUCAUUCAAAAGGUUGGAUAAAAUAUUAUACGACGGAAAUAAAGUUGCAAUCGCAGACCUUGCCACAUUUGACUGGGCGGGACAAGAAGGUAUCGACUCAGUAGAGUCUCACACCAUUCAUCCUACUACAUUAGACGCUCUCGUGCAACUUUCAUGGAUUCCUCUUACAGAUGGAUUUUCAACUAAGAUACCAACAAUGAUUCCCACCCGAAUUGAAAAUGCUUGGAUCUCCAAUACCGGCCUGAGCUACCAGGAGACUCGAUCAAUACAAGUUUAUUGUACAGCAGAAAGAAAAGGGCAUCAGAAGGCUGAAGUUUCCAGUUUUGCCUUGGAUCGCAUGGGUGAACUCAGAUUAUCAUUGUCUCGCCUAGAAUCAAGCAUAGUCUCCGAUACUACUACUUUCCAAGAGAAACUCCAACCAAGACAAUUAAGUUGGUAUAUUUCUUGGAAGCCAGAUGUAGUAUUUUUGAAACCACAUGAAGUGCUUCGUUUCUGUCGAUCAGAAACCAUCGAAGAAGUUGAUCGGAUCAAAGUUUACCAAACUUUAGAAUCUAUGUUGAAAUACUUCGCCAAGAAAGCGCUGAAUACGAUCUCAGAGGCUGAAGAAAAGAAUGCCAAACCAUUUAUCCAGAAGUAUCUUGCAAGUCUUAGACGAUAUUUGAAGGUUGGUGAGAAAAGCACUUGUUCAAAUAAGCUUCUUUCAAGUGCCAUAGAGCUCGAUGAUGAUUAUGAAAUUGAUUUAACCAUCUUUAGAGAUAUGGAGGAUCACCCACUCUUGAAGUCCUACCUUUCUAUUGGAAAGGAGCUCCCAGGGAUCAUACGAGGUCAAGUAAAUCCACUAGAGAUUCUUUUCUCAGAGGAAAAAAUCGCAGAAUUGUAUUAUCGGGAUAUUUGCGUGAGGGGUACUUAUGGCAAGGAUAUCGCCAGAUAUCUUGAUUUGCUUGCACAUAAAAAUCCUGGAUUGGAUGUGUUAGAAAUAGGUUCUGGAACAGGAUCAUUCACAGAAUGUAUAUUAUCGGCUUUAAUUGGGUUCGACGGAACGGAGCGAUGCACGGAGAGAUUCAAUUCUUAUCAUUAUACGGAUAUCUCGCCAAGCUUCUUCGAACAAGCCCGUGAGAAGUUUGGACCAUUUAGUAAUAGGCUCCAUUUCCGUGUGCUGGAUAUUGAAGGUGAUCUUGCGUCCCAGGGCUUUGGAGAAGGAUCGUUUGACCUAGUUCUUGCCCACAGUGUGUUACAUGCCACGAGUAGCCUCGCACAUACACUCCAGAACUGUCGCAAACUAUUGAGACCUGGUGGGAAGCUUAUUAUGCUUGAGAAUACGCAACCGGACCUAAUGAGAACAGGAUUUGUCUUUGGAACUCUGGAAGGCUGGUGGUUGAGCACGGAGGAAUUCCGUUCAGGCGGUCCUUGUGUUUCAGAGGAAACUUGGCGUAAAGUUCUGGUCAAGAAUGGCUUUACUGGUGUCGAUUUCUCAAUUUGCGACACUGAUGACCCCAGAUAUCAUGAGUACAGUCUCAUUGUGUCCACGGCAAAUGAGGAGGACAUACCUACUACUAUCCAGAAGCUAAUUUUCCUGGUCGAUCUCGCGUCUUCCCGACAAGUUGAGGUUGUGAGGAACAUCAGAGCCUAUUUGAAACCUUCCAUCAACAUGGAAAUCCAAUUAUUGUCAUACAAACAGACAAUUUCUAUCAAAGAUGCACAAUCUUCGUUUCUCGUGUUCCUUCCAGAGAUUGAAGUGCCAUUUCUACAUGACUUGUCCAGUUCGGAUUUUGAUGUCCUCAAACACAUGUGCAUUUCUGCAAAGAAUAUUCUUUGGGUAUCACAUAGCUCAACAGGUACAAGAUUCGCAGCCUUUAAUGGUCUGGUUGAUGGAAUGGCCAGGGCUCUACGUUCAGAGCUUGACAUUGCCUUCGUCACUUUGCACAUCGAGGGUUCUGGGACCGACCUAAAGAAGUGGGGAGAGACUAUAGCAUCCGUUCUAUCCCAAAAGCUUUUGAUUACGGGAAUGAGCAAAGAUAUGGAAUAUGUGGCUCAUGAUAAUCUGCUCUACACUGGUCGCAUCAUAGAAGCCAAAGCUCUUGAUCAACAGAUACAUACUAGGAUACAUGAACAAACGAGAAAAGUUCGAGUUGAUCAAGCAGGAGCAGUGGCUUUGACAUUGAAAAAGCCCGGACUUCUCGAAUCUCUUCAAUUUACUCGAGAUGAAAAUUUCCAUUUAGAAAUUGGCCCAGACGAAGUGGAGAUUAAAGUUCAAUAUAUCGGUCUAAACUUUCGCGAUCUUCUUGUAUCACUUGGACGAUACCACAACAACGACAAUCUUCUAGGAUGUGAAAGUUCCGGUAUAGUUACUCGAGUGGGUGUCAAUUGCAAGACUUUUGUGCCAGGUGACAGAGCCUGCAUGGCAAAAUUCGGAUGUAUGAACACUUAUGUCAGAGCACACUCGGAUCUUGUUUUUCAAAUACCCAAAGGAAUGACUUCAGAGGAGGCUGCAGGUUCGAUCAUGCCAGGAUCCACCGCAUAUCACUCUCUCAUCAACGUUGCAAAGCUCAAGCGUGGAGAAUCCAUUUUAAUUCAUGCAGCAUCCGGAGCAACUGGUCAGAUGGCAAUUCAAAUAGCAAAGUAUCUGAAUUGUGACAUAUAUGUCACCGUAGGAUUCGACAAGAAGAAAAAGAUUCUUAUGGAGCAAUACGGCAUUCCUGAAGAUCACAUUUUCUAUAGUCGCAACUUGUCAUUUGUAAAAGGGAUACGACGUAUGACACAGGGUCGUGGGAUAGAUGUUGUCCUUAAUUAUUUGUCUGGAGAUGCGUUGAUCGCAACUUGGGAGUUGAUCGCGCCCUAUGGAAGAUUUAUCGAGCUCGGUACACUUGAUAUAUACACCAAUACCAAGUUACCUAUGUCUUCGUUUGCAAAGAAUGUCACAUUUGCCGCAAUCACCAUUGAUUCUCUCAACAUUGAGAGACCAAAAGAAUUCAGAGAGAUAAUGCUCAAUGUCAUCGACUAUUUCCAUAGAGGGAUAUUCCAUUCUGUCAAACCCUUUCACCUGAUAUCUAUUGGAAAUCUUAAAGAAGCGAUGAGACUAUUGCAGGGCGGUAAGACAUCUGGAAAGAUAGUCUUAAGCCUUGACAGUGCAGAUAUAAUCCCUGCGACUAUCCAGCCCCAAGCUCUGUGGACUUUUGACUCAAAGUCUACCUACAUAAUAGCAGGUGGCUUAGGUGGUUUGGGGAGAAGUACAGCGCUGUGGAUGGCUAAUAAGGGAGCAAAAUAUCUCGUUCUAUUAUCACGAUCAGGGCCUGUGACAGAAGCUGCUACUUCUUUGCUCACCAAGUUAAGUGAUAUGGGCGUUUCUGUUGAAGUGCCCAUAUGCGACAUCACAUACUCUGACCAACUAAGAAAAGUUAUUUCGCAAUUCCCUAAGACCUUUCCUCCUAUCAAAGGAUGCAUACAAGCUACGAUGGUUUUGAAGGAUAUCCUGUUUGAGAAAAUGAAUUUCGAAGAGUGGUCGGCAGCAACAUCUCCAAAGGUUCGGGGGACCUGGAAUCUCCAUGAAGCUCUACCGGACAAUCUUGAUUUUUUCAUACUUCUUUCUUCCAUCGCUGGCGUGUUUGGAUCAAUGGGCCAAUCCAACUACGCUGCCGGAAACACAUUCCAAGAUGCAUUUUGUCUUUACAGGAGUAGCCAGGGUCAAAAAACAAUUUCUCUCCGGUUAGGUAUUAUGAGCGACGUAGGAAUCAUUAGCGAGAAUCCAGACGUACUAAAAAUUAGGGACCUCGCAACAGAAAGUGCAUCGGUCAAGGAGGCGGAAUUUCUUGCACUUCUUGAUCACUACUGUAGUCCUGAUAAUCCACUCGAGUUACUAGGAUCACAAGAGACUUUGCCCAUUAUCGGUCUAUUAGCACCAUCACAAUUCUCCAAUCAAGAGCUAGAAAUACCAUCCUGGGCUCAGACACCCACUUUCAGUCCCCUGGCAUAUGUUGGCCGAGACGAUACUUUCUCAGCCGAUACUAAACCCGCUAAAACCAACUUCAAAUCUCAACUUCAGACUGCAGAAUCUGCAAACGAAGUAAAGGAAGUGGUGUCGACAGCAAUAAUAACGAAGUUGACGAAGUCAUUGGGGGUUGAACUGGCGGAUAUUGAUACGAAUAAACCAUUUCAUGCAUAUGGUGUUGACUCUUUGUUAGCUGUGGAGCUGCGAAAUUGGUUUGGUAAAGAACUGGGUACAAAUGUGGCGGUUUAUGAUAUCAUGGGAGCCGAAAAUAUUAGAGCAAUGAGUGAUUUUGUUGCGAGAAAUAGUUCUUUGGUUGUUUUGAAGGAGGAAGCAUAGAUAGUAUUGGAAUCGUCUUCGUCUAAUCUGAGGUCUUUUUAGUGCUGCUGUAUCAUUGAUCUCGGAUAAAAUUCAAUUUAUUGUGAUUUUUUAUCAUAUUAAAUACAAUUUGAGCUGGAAAUGUAAUCUUGCA